ACAGAACUUUGGCGUUUUACCAGCUGCUUGUAUGGUCUUCGGAGGCCGUUCGCGAGGGCAGUUGUGACAAGCGUUGGAGUUUCACUUUGGACGUUUUUUCGUGUUUGUGUGGCGUUGUGAAGAUGGGCGUGGGGCGAGUGGUCGAGGCGGCCCAGUCUCUCGUGCAGGGGUUCGUGGCCCUCUUGAGCGCGCCCGCCCACAUCGUGCUGGUCGGGCUGGACUCCUCCGGCAAGACCACGGUUCUCUUUCGACUCCGAUACGGACAGUACGUCAACACGGCGCCCACCGUGGGCUUCAACUGCGAGAAGGUGAAGUCCGGCGGCGCCCACUGGCUGGUGUGGGACGUGGGCGGCGCCGAGCGCGUGCGGCCGCUGUGGCGCUCGUACACGAGGGCCACGGACGCCCUGGUCUUCGUGGUGGACUCCAGCAGCAGCGCCGAGCGCGUGGAGGAGGCCCGCGUGGAGCUGCAGCGGCUGAGCAAGCAGCAGGUGGCCGAGUGCGUGGCCCACAACAGGCCCCGGCCGCCCCUGCUCGUGCUGGCCAACAAGCAGGACCUGCCCGGGGCCAGGGACCCCCAGCACCUGGCCAAGGCCCUGGGGCUGCCCGACCUGCCCGAGUGCCAGCCGUGGGCCGUGGCACCCGCCUGCGCCGUCACCGGGGAGGGCCUGGACGAGGCCAUGGCGGCGCUGCACUCGCUCGUCCUCAAGACACGAAAGCAGCAGAAGAGCAAGAAGUGAGGCGGUGACGCGGGGCGCCAACGUGACCCUUAUGGACAGGUCAAACGGUCAUCGUAAUGUGCAUAAUGAGGUGACUGUGAGGUGACCAGGUCAACAUAGGACCGGCAGGGUCGCCGCCAGGUCACACGACAGGUCACACUCACCUGAGACGACUCGCCGUUGCGUGAGAACCAUCGCCAGCCGAGGUGAACGACGGCCUCCAAAGCCACGCAUCAUCGGCCUGCUAAUGAGGACCAAGGGAUGAGAUGACCCAAUUAGGUGACGUCAGCAAGUGUGAAGAAUCAUACGACUAAAUGCUGCAAAUUCAGCGUAAUGGAUCCUAAUAGCAUAGUUGAGAAGAAUGUUCACAGAGAAACGGACCAAAAGGUGUCCCCAAAGUGCCACCGCAGAAGCAGCGAUCAGACACUCCCACUUGGCCCAGACUGGAAGUGAUCUCGAGGGCCUGCUUCUUCCCUUCAGCGUCUGCGCUCGUCGCCGAAGACAUCGCCCGAGCCAACUCCUCGACACAGCAUUACCGCGUGGAGCAGGACCUCAACGAGCGUGUUGCCUUCUUGUCUCCAAGUAAAAGAAGAAGGACAAGGAGAGAGAGAGA